GCCGUGGCCCGGCUCCGCGCGGCUCUCCGCCGCCGCUUCCCGGCCCAUGCAUGUACUGGAAGCAUGAGACCGCCGCCCCGGCGCUGCCCGAGGGCUGCCGGCUGCCGGCCGAGGGCGGCCCCGCCACCGACCAGGUGAUGGCCCAGCCGGGGUCCGGCUGCAAAGCGACCACCCGCUGCCUUGAAGGGACCGCGCCGCCCGCCAUGGCUCAGUCGGACGCCGAGGCCCUGGCGGGCGCUCUGGACAAGGACGAGGGUCGGGCCUCCCCCUGCACGCCCAGCACGCCAUCCGUCUGCUCGCCGCCUUCCGCCGCUUCCUCCGUGCCGUCCGCCGGCAAGAACAUCUGCUCCAGUUGUGGCCUCGAGAUCCUGGACCGGUACCUGCUCAAGGUCAACAACCUCAUCUGGCACGUGCGGUGCCUCGAGUGCUCCGUGUGUCGCACGUCGCUGAGGCAGCAGAACAGCUGCUACAUCAAGAAUAAGGAAAUCUUCUGCAAGAUGGACUACUUCAGCCGAUUUGGGACCAAGUGUGCACGGUGCGGUCGACAGAUCUAUGCCAGCGAUUGGGUGCGGCGGGCACGCGGCAAUGCCUAUCAUCUGGCCUGCUUCGCCUGCUUUUCAUGCAAGCGCCAGCUGUCCACGGGCGAGGAGUUUGGCCUGGUGGAGGAGAAGGUGCUGUGCCGCAUCCACUACGACACCAUGAUCGAGAACCUCAAGAGAGCUGCUGAGAACGGGAACGGCCUCACGCUGGAGGGGGCGGUGCCCUCGGAGCAGGACAGUCAGCCCAAACCGGCCAAGCGCGCGCGCACGUCCUUCACCGCGGAGCAGCUGCAGGUGAUGCAGGCGCAGUUCGCGCAGGACAACAACCCGGACGCACAGACGCUGCAGAAGCUCGCAGACAUGACGGGCCUCAGCCGGAGGGUCAUCCAGGUGUGGUUCCAAAACUGCCGGGCGCGUCAUAAAAAGCACACACCGCAGCAUCCUGUGCCGCCCUCCGGGGCGCCGCCGUCCCGCCUCCCUUCCGCCCUGCCCGAGGACAUCCACUACUCCCCGUUCAGCAGCCCCGAGCGGGCGCGCAUGGUCACCCUGCACGGCUACAUCGAGAGUCAUCCUUUUUCAGUACUAAUGCUGUCUGUCCACGGGCACCCCACCACUGCCCCACAGCCGCCGAAAGCUGGUGUCCACGCCACUGCCAGGGAUCCACCCGCGCCACAUCCGCCCUUCACCCGCUGUCCUGAUCGCCUCUGGCUGGACCCCUGGGCCUGGCCUUCCCUUCUCCUGCUGAGAACCAGAACCUGCCAAGGCACCACGGAGUCCUCCUCUCGGAAGGCAGAGCUCCCUGAAAUUUGGAAUCAGGGUGAAAAACAACGGCCUGUUUUUCCAUUUAGACAGGAGUCAUCUUCAACUUAAGCUGAUUACAAUAGCAAAAGGCCAAAGGCCAAAUUGAAUCUUGCAGCGCCAACAGCCUUCUAAUUUACAGGUUUUCUUUCUUCCCAUCCUGGCCUUUAUUUACUUCUUCCUUGCAACCAUCUCUGAAUUCCGAAUAGCCGACAACCCCCAAUGUUAUCCACUCUGUUGCUUUUGUCUGGAAAACUCUACAGUGUUUGUGGGAUGUCCCCAAAGGAAAGCUAUGUUCUAAUUUUAUCAUUUCCAUCUGUCUGGUUAUGUCAAGUUAAUUCAGAGAGAGAAGAGACACUGACCAACCCUGAGAGGCCCAACAGGGCAGAGAUGGAGGCCGGUCCAGACCAAGAGGCAGGGGGAUAGGCGGGGGCUGGGAGGGGGGUGGCCAGGACUCCCACUGGAGAACGACGACGUAGCAUGCUGGGUGUGGGAGGCACUAACUAUUUCAAGGAGAGAGAAGAGAAAACUCGGGGUAUAUAUGGGGAGACUCUGUUCCUACCUAGUUAUCUGGCAUCCAUACAGGACAGCUGGCAGAAAUGUUACUUGAUAUGUAUGAGGGCAUUUCUGAAUGCUUGUGCCGGUUAGAGUCAGGGGCCCUUGUUGGCUACUUGCUGACUCCUGAUGGGGGCACUUGGGCCCCCAAGGGCCAUGGGGGCUUCCUUGGAGGGAGGGGCCCUUCCUGGGGGGAGCUGGGGAAAUGGAGCCCGGGGACAUGGUGGUAAGAAUGCUAAUUCUGGACCCAUUUCUGAGUAGAGAGAAGGCGCUUGCUGCCUAGGUGAACCUGCUGAGCCCAGAAUUGCAGGGGACACUGGUGGGCUCCCCCAGUACCCCUGUGCAGAGCCAGCGCCUUCCCCCACUCGGAAAUGUGGAGGCCAGACACGGCUGUGCUCACGACCACCCUAUUCUGCUGCAACUCUUCCACCCCAAACAAAAGGGCUUGGGCUGCACAAGACCACGAUUUAUGUUUUCAGGAGACGCCCGUUUGUCCCAAGCUUAUCCUGUAAUUUCAGAAUUACUUAGUGUCCUGAUGCAUUACCUAUUAGAGGCUGCUAGUAAGCAUGUUCUAGCCCAAGUCCUCCCUCCUGCUUUGGUUAACCCGAUACAUUGCUUUUGGAAGGAGACUCUAGGACCGGGAAGCAUGUUCAUGGCACAUACGUAUCUGCUGUCCCUGCUUUUGCCCAUGGUGGACACCGCUGAUUGACUGCAUCCCUCUCAGAGUCUGGAUAAGGUUUCGGAAUCCAAAUGCCUGAAGUUCGGCCCUUAAAACGAAUACCUACCUGCCUUUCUUGCUCUGGGACCUGGAGGAGGGCGAGGCACAGGUGUAGCCUGAGAAGGGAACCUGCUUCCUCUCCCUUCCAAAGACAGUUCCAUGGGACUCAGAGCCAAGCGGAGGUAGCACCGGAAUGCAGUCAGCGCAGCCCUGUUCAUCCCCUGAAUAGCCGAUACCUGGCACUGCACAGGAUGCUGAUGUUAGCAAGAGAAGCUUGGGCCCGAUCCCUGGUGAGUGGGGAGCUCUCAUGUUUCCUUUGAUUUUUUGCUCCUGGUGAUAGAAGCCCUGAGCACAGCCAUGUGGUAAGUGGCCAGCCAAGCCCUGCCCAGGGUCACCUAGUUCCCACUCUGCCUUGAGCCUCCCGCCUGGAGGUCUGUUCCUUGCGUGGAUCACGUGGUUGUAGCAUGUUGCCAUUCAGACAUGUCUCCACUAGCCUGUUAGAGCAGCCUGGGAACGCACAGGCCACCAAGACUAUUUAUUUAAAUAUAAAACAGAGGGAGAAACACACACACACACGGAAAAAAAAAAAUUGUAAGCACUUUUUUGGUAAAACCAAUGUCUGUUUUGUUACAUACCUUUCAUGUUGUGCUUUGUAAAUGUCCUAUUUGUGUAAUAAAUAAAGUUAAUGCAAGUAGAAGUGCUGGCACUUAAAUCCAGAA